AUGGCCCACGUCAAAGAACCUGUGGACUUUUUGAAAGAUGAAACUUGCCGUGAUGCUACGGCAGAAGCAAUGAGGAAGACACCCAAACGCCAUGAACAGAUUGGCAGCCUAACGAAACAAGUGCAAGAAAUGUUAUCAAAGCUGACUACAAUGAUAAGAGAAAAGAAAAAUACCAGAAACCAGAGUUACCGACUCACUGGAUGCUUCAAUUGUGGAAAACAAGGACAUAGAGCCCGUGAAUGCCCCAAACCAAGAAGAAUGCCACUACAAGUUGCCAACCCUCAUGACACGAACCUUUGCGAAGUAGAAAAUAGUGACGACGAAGCUUACGUUGCUACUAGAUCACAACACUAG